ACACUCUCGGGAACAAGCUGACGCGCACCGAAUCAGAAAUACAAUAGCGAUCUCCAUGGAUACUCUCCCCUGACUGACGUCCCGGUUAUCCACGCCCACUCGCGUAGUAAACUGAAACUUGCAACAUGAAAGUGUUCGCAUACAGGUUUGCCAAUACCAUCUCGACUCACCAGGAUAUGAAUGUUGUCACGCUUUCACGGAACUAGAAAUUCGCAAUUCAGGAACUCGGGGAAAAGAAGAGAGGGUAAAAAAAGAAAGAAGGCCACAGUUAACGAAACCUCCCUGGAUUCGGGUAGUAUUUGAAAGACGACUAUCAUUCCAUUGGUGAGUGGACCGUGUAAACACGACACUCCCUUCAUACAGUUUCAUAGGACGUUCUGGCUCGUCGGGAAAAGGUUGCAGCUGCAACCAGGAAAAAAACACAAAUAUUAUAUAUAUAGAUAUAUAUAUUUAUAUAUAUUUAUAUCUAUAUAUAUAUAUAUUAAAAAAAAUAUAUAUAUAUCCUUAUUUGGGACGUGCACUAUUCCGGGUUUGACGGCUAGGACAUUCACGCCCCGACCCUGGCCGUGUCCGUCGACCCCCGGGCUCCCGUCCCGCAGCUCAAGUUCGAGCCCUUGCCGUGGGCCGGGUCCGGAUUCGACGUGGACGUGAAGAGCGCGAUGGUGCAGUGUGCCGGCUGUGAACGCCCCAUUCUCGACCGAUUCCUACUGAACGUCCUCGACCGCGCCUGGCACACCAAGUGUGUGCAGUGUUCUGACUGUAAGAGUAACCUCACCGAGAAAUGUUUCUACAGGGAAGGCAAGCUGUAUUGUAGGAGCGACUUUUUCAGGAGGUACGGGACGAAGUGUGCAGGCUGCUCUCACGGGAUAUCUCCGAACGACCUAGUCCGUCGGGCACGAAAUAAAGUGUUUCACCUUAAAUGUUUCACGUGCAUGGUUUGUCGGAGACAGCUGUCCACGGGAGAGGAACUCUAUAUUCUUGACGAGAAUAAAUUUAUCUGCAAAGAAGACUAUCUAAACACAAAAUUUCCAGGUGGUUCUGACGGCGAAGACGACGGCGACUUGGACAGCGGCAUCGACACUCAGGGCAACAUCUCCGACAAGGAGCUCGGUCUGGACGGCGACAGCCGCGAGGGCAAGGAGAAUGUCAUGACCAGUAUUACCAACAACAACAACACCAACUACAUGAACAAUAACAACAACAGCAACUUGAGCAACGGUGGCUCGAACCCUCUGUUGUCCCCUAGUAUUAACAGCCCCGUUGGGAUAAAAGACGAACCGGGUCUGCGACCGGACAGCUGUGGUCCGUUGGACGCGAGUCCGGGAUCGGUGGACUCCAACGCUUCGCUCGGUUCGAAUUUGGGACUAGAGGACAUCUCGGAACCGAAAAUGACCACGAAAAGCACGGAUAGUACCGGAAGUGCAAGCCCCACGAGUCAAAUAGGGGGCGUGAGCGGUAACGCCAAUACUAAAGGUGACUCUGGGAACAGUGGGGGUAAUACUCAAGUGGGGGCGAAACGAAGGGGUCCAAGAACAACAAUAAAAGCCAAACAAUUGGAAACGUUGAAGGCUGCAUUCGCUGCCACACCCAAGCCCACGAGGCAUAUUCGUGAACAGUUAGCUCAAGAAACAGGACUCAACAUGCGAGUAAUACAGGUUUGGUUUCAAAACCGAAGAUCAAAAGAAAGACGAAUGAAGCAGCUUAGCGCUCUUGGAGCCAGACGCCAUUUCUUCAGAAAUCCUCGCCGCAUGAGGGCGCUGAGACCGGGGGAGGAUAUGGCGGACAGUCCGGACAUGAUGGGGCCGGGCUUUGGCUACAUCGGAGACAAUGGACAAGAGUUCUACCCGGGGUAUCAGGGCUACAAUGAGUUCUUCCUGGGGCAAGGUCAGGAGGGCGGCAUGAACUUUCUGCCGCCCAACUCCCAGGGAACACCGCCGCUGAACCUGGACCAGUCCAUGCACCAUCCAGGUAGAAUGAACUGCAUGCCCGUUCCAGACGGCCAGUAUCUUCCAGGCGACAUCCUGCCACCAGCCUCUACCCCAGAACCCUUGCCGCCUCUCCACCCCCACGACGGCCCGUUCAUUCCCCGUUCCCUGCCCGGAACACCAUUCAGUCAGUCCCUGGUGCAGUCCGUGGGUCACCAUCACCCGGAUAUGUCGGAGGUUUGGUGACAAUGAAUCUCUUGUCGACAGCCUGAGAGAGACAAACAGAGGCAGACGUAUGCGAAAAGAAAUGGCGCGAAAAAGAAAAGUAAUGGCGCAGAGAACAGUGAUGAGAAGAAAGUGUGGAGCGUUUUAAGACUCAAAACUGUUUCUGGGAACAAAACUGUCGUCAAAACAGUGACCAUCACUGGUCCCGAUCGAAGUGUUUAUUGGAACACACCAAAUCACAGUUCGUCUGCAUUUUUGGAACGAAAAAGAAGUGAACAGUGAAAACCUGUCUGAAAACUGGAGAGUGCAGAUAGGUUAGCUCAAUUUAUGGUCGAGUAUUACUGUAAUUUUGUGAUGUUUAUUGACAUAAAAUAAUACUCACGAACACUGGAAAGUGAGAAGAGCUCGACUAGGAACGAUAACUGUGAUGUUAAUACGAAACUAAGAUUAACAAGCUGACGAAAUACGGAACUAAAGUUGUGUAACUCUGCAUAGUUUGUGUUGUCUCGUUGUUAGAGAAAAAAACCAAUCGGAAACGUGCUGACAAAACUUUCAGGAUUGGAGAAAUGUUGGUUCUGAAACAAGCAUGAUCGCACUGUUUGAACAAACUAUUUUUUUUUUUUUUUGUCGACAACGUUAAGCAUAAUUUAAAAUUGAAACAAACUGUACAUAAUUAUGAAAUAGUGAGAGAGAGAGAGAGAGAGAGAAAAAAAAAGGGGUGCAGCAUAAUUUCUCUAUCACUCUGAGUGAACCGUCACGUGGUGUAGUGUUUGUGUUUCUUGUCACGUGACAUAUCACUGCCAUCUUCCCGUCGCAUCUGAAAAUCUGCUUCCAAGAGACAGGUUUGUCGCGAAUGUGUACAUGUAGAUAAGUGUGUAGCAAGAACAAACAAAAAGCCAUAUCCACGAGUAAUGCUUCCUAGACCAUGCAGCUUGCGGGGGAUUACCGCCACCUCACGAAAUGCUCACAACGACACGUGCCCUGCAUGCAGGACCGGGGGUCAUGGGGUGCGGUCUGCCGUGUUUGUGGUGGGAUCAUGGUAUGAUAAACUAUGUUAGGUGGGAUGUACUCUGUGUGAGGUGACACAAAGGUUGACAAUUUGGAAUCCAAAUGGGAAGGGACGAAAAUGUUUUUACAAUUAUUAUAUUAAAAAUACCUUAGGUAAGUUUAUAUUCCAUAUAUUUCUGAAACAACAAACAUCUUUAGGCUGACAUCCUGGGUUUCUUUUCAAAUAUUUUGGUCUUAGUGUUCCGUCUAGGGAAAAAAAAUACAGUUUGUAUUCGUCCUCUUAUUCUUUAAAUGUUCACGGUCAUAGCUUAUUACGGGCCCGAAGAGUAACAAAAGAGGCAGGAAUACGUUUGUGGAUGUGCAAAAAAAGAGAGUUACGGUUGGGAACUUUUCUUUUGGCAUGACCGUACAGCCCUGUGUCCCAUUAGUACCUUGGUCACUGACAUUUGUGUUUAUAAAUACUAUUUAGAGAAUACUAUUUGCUGGUUGGUUGACUGUAAAGUGUCAAAUGGUUAGAGCUUAGAAUCCGAUUACCUAAUAAGUAAAAUACAUUCUAAUAUAGACAGAUUUUCUCACAUCUCGAUUGCCAUAUUUUGCAGGAUUAAAAUUUUGUAAAAGCAAAAAACAACAAGUAAAAACCAGAAUCAAUAAGAGCGAACACUAUGACUGUUGUGUGAUCCUUAAUCCCUUCCAAACAACGUUUCUGUCAUCAAAAACCAACGGACAGUGCGCGUCUCUCCAUCAAGACGAAAAUGAACAUUUGUCCCAUGCUUUAACACGAACUUCCCAUUUCAUUUUAUUAGCAAACAUUGCAGGCUAUUUGCUAGUGGAAUCUUCUGUCCCUGUGGACGUUUUGUCAUAAUGAGUUUAGGAGAUUUCGCAAAGUAAAACUCUCUCGAGCCCACUUGUAAUGGGAAAACAAAGCGAAGUCCCACAAUCCCCCAGAGUCGCGUCAUUGUGUCAGGUAAACUCGGCGAGCGUUGGCCUAAUGAAACUUUAAUGAAUAAAACGCAUACACGUUUAGAUGAGGCUUCCAUCAGCGAGGCUUCGAUUCAGUGAACGUUUUUACGCAUCGCUUGCUUAUUAUCUGCCCCUAACUGCCGCGCAUUGAAGCAGCGGUACGUUUGUUUGCAUCUAAUCUUUGACGGUUCGACGCUGAUUGAUCUUUCAUGGCAGAAGGUUGGAUAUAAUGUUUGAAGAAUGUUUGCAAGGUGACAGAAGACAAACAUCCGCAGCGCGUUAAUUCAUUCAUAAUGAAUAAUUAUAAAUAUUUGUGUACGAGCAAAAUCACAAUUUCUUUGCGCUGGAGUCAAAACAGUUCCUGCGUGGCUUAAAUGCGUCAGCGUUGGUCCAUUACUGUCAUACGUGGGCUCUAAGCAACAUAUUCAAUUAUAAUAAAUAACUAUUAAUAUUUCAUUUUAGUCACUAUAUACCUAGGAAGCAUUACUUUUUCAUGGUUGGCAUUGAAUUAAAAUAUCCAUCCACGGCGUAAUGUUUCUAAUUGUAUUCAUUUAUAAGCAUAGUCUUUACGAAACAGUAUGAGAGCUAUUUUAGUGUCUAAAUUGUAAGGGCAGUGUCUGUAUUAUAUACAAUAUUUUAAAAUUAUAGAUGUCAUAUCAUACUGAACUAAAUCUAAAAAAAACUAUUUUACGGGGUUAAAUUGCUCCUCAAUGCAGAUUUUAUUUUUAACAAUGAACGAACCACAAAAAAAAAAAUCUACAUUCAUGUGAACCAUUCAACCGCCUUUUAGGCACUUCAUGUGACGUAAUGUAGUGGACGUGACACUGUCAUAUUCGUAGAGUUAAAGAACAAAAGAGACAUGCCAAGACGCGUGUAUUUAAACUAAUAUUGGUGACGCGCGGGAAGACCGGCGGUGGACGUCAUUGACCAUGCAUUGAGGUGAUAAUAACCAUAAUGACUUGUUUUGUAACUCGCUCUGUUCUAUUUAUUUGAUUGACAUUUUCUCAUGUUUACCCGUUGUUUGUGUCUGGUUACACCUUUUUAUAUGUGUUGACUGUGACCACGCCCUAAGCAAAGUGUUGGCCGUUGUAUACAGUUGUUACGUACCAGUGUCUAUGUGUACUUUGUUGUCCAGUGUACAAAAGAAUGUAUCGCCUCAAGUAGGCGAAACACCAUGAAAGCUGUUUUCAAACGUUUUCUCUGACAAGACGCAAAAACAAAAGACAAUUUUCAAAGUGAUGUAUGCAAAAGUCGAAAUUUAUCUGACGUCAUCAUAAUGUCACUAAACCAAUAUUGUGUAAUAAAUACUUUGAAACAGAGGUUUAUAUCACACAUUGUUAUCGAUGUUUAGAAAAUACAUUUGUAAGACAAAACAAGUAGCAAGAUCUAGAAGGGGUGGGUGCGCAUUGCUAUGUGAAUGAUUCUUGUCUAAACACAUACAAACCUAUGAGUUGAUACGGUUUUAAAAGUGUGCACACUUUUAAAACAAUUAAUUACCCUCCCUCUUCUUUGAUAACUUCAUACAAAUCUGAACUAGAUAAUUCUAAACAAGGAGGAUGUUUCGUUCGAACGAUUCUAAAAAGACACCGCACAAUAGAAUACCAUGCUACCUUGUAAAAUGAUGACGUCAAAAGGCUAUAUUUUGGUGACGUCUAUGAAAUACGUAGAUAUAUGUCUGGCUGCAUAAUAACAGGGAACAGGAGAGGUGGACAGUCCAACUGGUGACGUCAUUCUAAACCAAAUAAAAGAAAUUCCAUGUCAAA